AUGAAACAAAAACUCUUUAUAUUCCCAGAUAAAAAUAAGAAAACAUCUUAAUAGUUAUACACUCAAAGAGUUAGUACACCUUAAGUUUAGUUAAAAAGGAUUAUCAAGUAGUCACCAUUUGGAGCAUAUACGACGAGAUAAAGUAAAGAUGAUGUCCAAGAUAAAUUUAUUAGAAACUAAUCUGAGAAGUAUCUCACUCGAACUAAAUCCUAGUUAGCAUUCUUAAAUAAAAAUGAAAGUUAAGACAUAACUGAAAGAAUUCAAAUUUUUACUGUGGAUAGAAGGUAGAGUAAUGCAGAUACAAUAAAACAAGGCUCAGUAAUUUUUGGUUCGAGAGAUAAUAGUGGUGGAAACAGUAGUAGAAGAAAUUGCAAUAUUUUAAGUUAUUACAUUAAAAACGAUGAUCUUCAAUAUCAGUAAGAUAGAUAAAAAAUAAAUGAGGAUUUAAUCCUUCCUGUACCAUUUUAGCAGCAAAACAAUAACUUCUUCAAGACUCAACUUGUUUAAAAUAGAAAGAUAUUCCAAAACCAUCAUAUUAUAGAUAGAUUAAAAGGACAUAGGUAAAUCAUGACUAGGUAGUUUGAAAAAUCUUGGAAGAUGCAAAGCAACCUUGAAAAUAUAGGCAAGAGGAGUUCAUCACAAGAAAACAAGUAUCGAUCUAUUCUUUAAUCUAAAAGAGUCAAUUUAACUGCUUAAGUCAAUCUCAAAGAGCAUCGAGUACACAACUAUGAGAACUUCAUAGCAAAAUUCAAAAAAUAGCAAGCAAAAGAAGAAGAUGAAAGAAACAUUAGAUUGUCAGAGGAGGAAGUUUCGAAAAUUAGGAAUUACCUUCAAGAUAGGAUUAUAAGGAUAUGUGCUCCUUAGAAUGGUCCUUCAUAGACAAAGAACAAUUUUAAGUUCAAGCUAUUCAAACUGCCAAAGAGAAUUUUAGUGAGCGAGGGAAAGGAGGCUAUUGAAUUAUAAUUUAGGCAAUUUUUAGAGUAAUCUAGUCUUGUAUUGAAUCUAAAAUGCUCAUUCUCGCAUGCUUUUUUUAUGCCAUACAAAAUACCUAUGUUUUCACUUAUAGACAUAGCACUUAUUUCUAAAUUUUCAGAAAAUCAUCAAAUAACAAUUCUAUUAUCUACAAAUGGACUAUGUCCUUAAGUCAUUUCAAGGGAUUAGAAUGUAUUUGGUUAAUAAGAUGGGAAAGAUGUUAGUCAGCUUGGCCUCAGUAGUAAAGAUUCAAAGAAAUAUAUUCAAAAACUGGUCAAUUUGACAAAGUAUAAUAAAUUUUCACAAUUAGAUUUUGAAAAUGUAUUAAUGGACUAUCCAGAUACAAAUAUUAUUGAUCAAGAGGAAUUAUGGCAGUUUACCUAGGAAUAAUUGAAGAAGGAUCAUAGUUUUAUCAGACUAGUAAGAAACAAAAUUGACUUAAAUGACUCUAAAGUUAACACCAAAAUUUAGCAGUAAUAUGAUGAAAUUAACUGCGAUUAACCUUAUAUAAGAGUAAUUGAUAAAAACAAAGAUUAUUUAGGGGAACUUGUAGAGGAUAUGGAAAAUCUAUAGGAAUCAUAAACUUCAUAGCAUAUGUAAAGCUAAUCAAUAGGAUCUUCUCAAAAAGUAUAGGAUGAAGAAUAAAAAAAGAAAGAGCAUUCAAUUUUCUCAGAUCUUGAAAAGAGUUCCCUCUAUCAGUUUGAAAUGGAACUUAACAAUUUUCUUAGAGUAAUAAUGAAAAAGCAAAGUAGAUCAAAGGUUAGUAGCAGAAAUCAAGCGUCUAGGUAGUCAAAGAGUCAAAUGUCUCAGAGAAUUGAGAUUUAAAAGAAUUUCUUAGAAAUCAAUAAAAAUGCUCUUGGUGAUAAUUUUGUCUUUAAGAGAGUAGAUUAGAAAUAUAAAGGUCUUGUGGACAAAAAUAUUCCUAAGCUUAUGAAGGAAUUCUCAUUUAAUAGGUUUGAACUCUAUAAGAUAUUUGCUUUGUUCAAAACUCUUUGUAAGUUAAGCGCUUUGAAAUCGAUCAGUAGUCCUAUUAGAGGAAUUGAUUAAGACACCUUUAGAUCAGGGAUUUCAUAAUUAUCAGUUGAAAACAGCGAUCUUGUUGAAAAGAUCUUUUAAUCUAGCAACGUCUCACUAAGUGGAUAUUUAAAUUGGAAGGAAUUUCUUAAAGCAAUGCAAAUAAUUUUUAGCACUAAUCUCCGUGAUAAAGUGAACAUGUUUUUUGCUAUUAUUGAUUCUGAUGGAAAUGGUUUGCUUAGUUAGGAAGAAGUACUGGAGAUAAGUAAGAUGUGCUUGACAAGAUUUUCAAGACCAGAAAUUGAAGAGUUUAUAGAUGAAAUGGCAGAGCAUUUCACUAAUUAUAUAUUCAAGGCAAUGGAUAUGGAUAUAGAUGAUGAGAUUCCAAUGGAUAUGAUAAAGGAAAGAAUAUUUGAUGUUGGUGAGGAGGCUCUUGAUCCUUAGACUAAAACCCUUUUAUGUUUAUUCUGCAAUGCAGACAAUAUUAUUUUUGCAGAAAAUAAGACAAGUUAAAACGAGGAUGAAGAAAUAGAGGAUGAUAUCUGA